AAAAAAUUAUUCACCUAGUGAUCAGACUCUCUUUAAUCAUCCUGCACGCACCUUCGCCGCACCACGGGCUCCAGCUGGCCUGGCCUUGACUGAAUCUUAAUAAUUGCUGUUGGAAUGGCGGGGACAGCUACCGCGACUUACACGACAGAUGUUUGGACGUCACCCAGCGUAGAUGGGGGUCAGUGGGAGUACGCUGUCCCGAUUCGACAGGAUAGUACUAAGCAUCGCUCAAAAUCACGGUCCUCCCACGAUUCACACGCCAGGUCCAGGGAGCGUAAUUCCAAGGGCUCUCGCAGCUCCUCGCUAUCGCGUCACGCCUAUGCUCACGAGCACUUGACCUCCCGGGGCCGCCCACAAGCUAGCCACAGCCGACGCGGAAGUGAAGCAGGCAGCUCACGCUCAAUCUAUGGACACGAUGUAGCCAGUCGUAGCGCCGGCAACGUCAAAGACUCGACGGAUUCUCUUUAUCGAAAGGGGUCGGUGAGGCAUGGCGAGUGGCACGAGGGAAUGGGCAUGUAUACGGACGAGAUCGACCAGGACAAUUGGAUCCAUCGCGACAAGCUGGCCAAGAUUGAGAGUGAGGAGCUGCAGCAGGCCGCCAUUCUGCUACAACGUCGGGCGGGUGAGGGCAACAAGACGCGCACAAAGAACUACGACUCGUAUGGAACACCUGCCAGCUCCCCACCGACCGAGCAACUGGAACCCUGGCCCAGUUUGCACGGCGAUUCCCAGCUCCGGGAACAUAGCGGGUCUCCAACCUUCCCAGAAGAAGGUGAAGAGCGUGGAAGGUGGGAUUCUCGUCGACAGGAAGAGAGCAUGGCCAAUGGGGCGGCCGGCUUCUACCGCAACCCCGGAUUUCGCAAAAGCUCUUCACGGAUCCCCAUUCCCUCGGGUAUCCCAGUACCGGUCUCUCCCAAUCCCGAGAACGGCGGACGAGAAUUCUCCAAGCAGCGCAGCCGCGCGAAUACCCACGGGGAUGACGAUGCUUUGUCCUUCGGGAUGCCCCGUCGGGCUAGUGAGCCGAUGUCGGUGGACUCUGCCCAGAACAUUACUCCGGCAGGAAGUCGGCCUGGCAGUCGCGGGAACACUCUACAAAAUGCGGCCGGUAGGAAGACCACCAAGGGUGGUGCUACCAAUCGCAAGACGUCGGCUCCUCCGUCGACUACACGAAAGGCGACCCCGAGAAGCCGGGCACCGUCGAGCACGUUGCGGGCCACUAAAGCCGCUGAGAAUCGUCCCAUUAACCGGCCGGAAGGCGACCCUCCGUGGUUGGCGACGAUGUACAAGCCCGAUCCACGUCUUCCGCCUGACCAGCAGAUUCUUCCCACACAUGCACGACGCAUGCAGCAGGAGCAGUGGGAGAAGGAAGGCAAGACGCCUACCACGUAUGAUCGGGAGUUUGCUCCGCUAGCCAUCGGGCCGGACGGGCCAAAGCCCUCUGAGAAGCCGGCACCCAAGGAAGAGGAGCCGGAGCCGGAGCCGAUCGAACAGAACGAACAGGUGGAGAAAGAAGAAGUGCAAGAGCAGAAGACCCCGAACUUGGAGACACCGUCUAAGGAGUCGGGACGGCCGAACUCAGGCACGGGCUACAGCACGAUGCCGCGGGUACAUGAACCACCACAGGCGGCGCUGCAGCCAAAAUGGAACCCGCCAGUGGUGACUGCGCAGGAACCGCCGCCGAAGGAGAAGGGCUGCGGAUGCUGCAUUGUGAUGUAGGGGGAGGACGCAUUCGUU